AUGGAUAUAGAUUCUGAAAGCACUGGAACUUCAAUAGAGGACAAUACUGAAAAUUUUUGUGAUAACCCUACCAGAGACACCCUUGCAGAGGGUUUGAUGGGUCUGAUAAAACCUACAGUGGAUCAAUUAGAUGAAAGAGUUCGUGCUACUAGAAUUUCACAACUGGAGCUAAAACAGUGCAUUGAAAGUCUUACAGAAGAACUAAAGGCAAUUUCAGAGUACCAGCAAAAUACAGUAGAUUUGGAUAUUUAUGUUAAGAAAUUGAUAAACGCAAAACAAAGAGUAACAGUGGUGACUAACAUAUUGCAAAACACACAGGAUAGACUAAACAGGGUACAUAUGUCAAUAGAAAAGGAAACAAACAAAAGGAAAGUACUCUUAGAAGAUCUUACUGAGCAAGAACCGACAACUUCUAAUUAA